GGGAUGCUCGGAGGAGGGAGAAGCAGCCGCGGGUCCCCCGCACCAGCAGCUGGCUGCAGAGACGCCACCGCUCCUAGCCGUGGGGCGCAGGGUUGGAGCAGCACGGGGGAGUUGCAAUCUGCAGGCUGAGCGAACUGACACCCCAAGAGGAGGGGGGCAGUGGGUAGGGUUAUCAUAUGUCCCUAUUUUCCGGACGUUUUUAUAUAUUUAGAAAAUCCUCCCGGACGGCAAGUAACAACUAACAAGCUGGACAUGUCCGGGGAAAUACGGACGUAUGGUAACCCUAGUCCACAAAAAAGCAGGCAGAAGAGUCUCUUCAAAAUCGUUACAGGAUUGGGGUAUUUUGGCACACCUGAAGCUUGAAUCUGCUGGUACAGACACUUCAAGCUGAGCAGGACUGUGGCUGUUUCUUUAAGAGAAGACUCCAAUCUCCCCACAUGACAGAAUUUGAAAUAUCUUUCCGUAGCCUGUUACUUUACUUUCGUUUUCAUCUCGGCAAAUGCGGCAAGAAGAAAGCACAUUGAUCUCUGGAAUAUAAAGAGAUUUCUUUAAAAAAGCACAGGGAAAAGCUAUGAGAGAACUCUGCAGCUAUUUCAUAGCCAGAAUUAGUUGUGCAAUUUGAUAAACUGAAAUAAUUUACAUUUUAAGUGACUAUCUCAACAAAACGAAUGAGGUUUUAUCACACUCUUAAUAAGAUUGGCCCUUCUGAGAAGUUUUACAAUCAGUUACAGUGAGAUGAAAGUUCUCUCAGUCUUCCACAGUGCCAGAGCCAGCUUCUUUCUACAUGAUUUUAUCAUUUUCUUCAUUACGUUUUAUGUUCACAAGCUGGAAUCAGCCCCCUUCACAGUGACUGGACCUGAUCACCCUGUCACUGCCAUUGUGGGUGAGGACAUUGUGUUACCCUGUCACCUGUCCCCCAGGAUGAGUGCUAAGAACAUGGAGGUGAGAUGGUUCCAAUCAGAGUUCUCUUCAUUUGUGCACCUGUAUCAGCAUGGAAAGGAUCAGUAUGAGCAGCAGAUGCCAGAAUAUCAUGGAAGGACAGAGCUUUUGCAAGCUGGCAUCACGGAUGGGAAAGUUGCCUUAAGGAUUGCUAAUAUCAGGCCCUCUGAUGAAGGACAAUACCACUGUUUGGUUCAAGAUGGUGUCUUUUAUGAAGAAGCUGUAUUGGAACUGAAGGUAGCAGCUUCAGGCUCUGUACCUCACAUCUCUGUUGAGGGUCACCAAGAUGGAGGGAUCCGAGUGGUGUGUCAGUCAGCAGGAUGGUAUCCAGAGCCCGAUGUGGUGUGGAGAGAUCUCAGUGGGCAGCAUUUAUCUUCAACUGAAACAAAAUCCAAAGAUGAACGUGGGCUCUUUGAAAUAAAAAAUUCUAUCAUUAUAACAGAAAUUUCAAACCAGAAUUUAUCUUGUUCUAUAAGGAACACCAACCUGACUGAAGAAAAGGAAUUAAUAACUUUUUAUAUAUCAGAUUCCUUUUUUCCAAGAGUCUCUCUGUGGAUGGUGGCUUUGAGUGUGAUCCUGAUGAUUUUGUUGGUAUUCAUCAGCCUUACUCUUUUUCUGUUCAAAUUAAGAGGGAAACAUCUUGACACUAUCAGUAAACUUCACACAGAGCUAGAGUGGAGAAGAUCCCUUAGUGACUCAGUGAAAGUGACUCUGGAUCCAGACUCGGCUCAUCCCCAUCUCAUCCUGUCUGAGGAUCAGAAAAGUGUGAGAUGGGAAGACACAAAGCUGGAUCUGCCCGACAACCCUGAGAGAUUUGACACUUAUCGCUGUGUUCUGGGCUGUGAGGGAUUCACCACUGGGAGACAUUACUGGGAGGUGGAGGUCUCAACUGGAGUAUUGUGUCCAGUUCUGGGCACCGCAUUUCAAGAAAGAUGUGGAGAAAUUGGAGAGGGUCCAGAGAAGAGCAACAAGAAUGAUUAAAGGUCUUUAGUAGUAUAAGGGCCCUACCAUCAAUCAAACCCUAACCCCGCCCCUUGACCCCUUAAACCUCGCCCCUUGACCCCUUGGUCCCUCCCACCUGUCACCGGAAGUCCCACCCCAUGGGGGUAUUACUUCCGGGGUCAAGGUGCCACCUGACCGGAAGCAAGGUGUGUCAUGUGACCCCUCUAAGAACUCCCCCCCACCACCCUCUACCAAUCAGGAGGGGUUUCGUCCCGAUAGGACCGCCCCAAGAGGAGAUUUUGACCAAUCAGGGUGACUUCCGGGGCGGGGUGACCCAUCCGGAAGUGGGUCGUGUGACCCCUCUAAGAACUCCCCCCGCCACCCUCUACCAAUCAGGAGGGGUUUUGUGCCGAAAGGACCGCCCCGAGAGGAGAUUUUGACCAAUCAGGGUGACUUCUGGGGCGGGGGUGACCCGUCCGGAAGUGGGUCGUGUGACCCCUCUAAGAACUCCCCCCACCACCCUCUACCAAUCAGGAGGGGUUUCGUCCCGACAGGACCUCCCCGAGAGGAGAUUUUGACCAACCAGGGUGACUUCUGGGUUGGGGUGACCCCUCCGGAAGGGAGUCGUGUGACCCCACUAAGAACGCCUCCCAAGGCCCUCCGCCAAUCAGAGUGCAGCACCAUUACCCCAUAAAUCCCAGCGCCAGACAGAGGAGGCGGCCAUCUCUUACCAAGGACACGUGUUUUCGAAAGCACGGAAAGGCUGCUGAGAGGAAACAUGGACUCCUUCACCACCCCCGUGAGAACUUCGGACUUUGUUUUAGCCCCGAGGGUCUUUGACCGUCCGCGGAGAAAGCGCUACAUCAGCGACAGUUCCAAGGAGGACCCUUUGACCCAGCCGUUGCUGGAUACGCCGGAACCUGACCCCGAAACCCUCGUGAGGCAGCCCGAUGAGCGUGACGGCCUCUCUUUGUCCACCCCCUCAGAGGUGGAAGGCGAUUGCGGCUCAGGGGAGGCACCGGCGGACAAAGCGAACGGAAAAGACGGCGCUCAGGUCGACGAUGCCUUUUUAGAGGCCUUUAAGAACUUACACAUUGGAAGCCCUGUGGGAGUAAACAUAUCCUGCGUCAGCUGUUUUUGCUCAUGUCUGAGACACAGAUCUCAAGCCGAAAAGGACAAAAUGGAAGAAUGAACCAUCUGAGACUCCCUUAGGGUAGGGAGUCAUGGCAUCCAUUUUACAGGUGGCUGUAAAAGGUCGUGUUAAACCAGGCGAUUAAUAAAACUUAUUUAAAUGUGUCAAUAUGAAUGUGUCCCCUUUCAUACUUGUGGUAGUAAAAGACGGUACCAGUAACAGUCAUGUCUACACAGACGGCGCUGUUAAAGAAAAUAUAUUACGCCCCCGGGGAAGUUGGGAGCUUCGGCGGGGUCAACCCUCUUUUUCAAGCGGCCAG